AUGAUUGUGCAUCGACGCCGGGCAGCAGGUCGAAGCGGGAAACUCAUCAGGCCGUCUUUGGCACGUUCGCUUUCCGAUCCAGCGGCCCUGAAAACUUGGCCGGGCGCAAAUAAAUCGAAACGCGUUUGUCCGUGGGAUAUUCAUAAGGAACUUGAGGAGCUGGUUAUUGCGUCGACAACUAAUGAUAGUGAUGACGAGGAUGAGAAGGGCGAUGAAAAGGACUCCAAGGCGAAAGAGGAUGAGGAGAACUUCCUCCCUUCGGAAAGCUGGAAGAGGAAAGGAGCGAGGGAGUUGUGGCGCGAACGUAGGGCAAAGAGUGAGGGCAUAACUUCGCAGUUGAAGUCUGUGAGACGGGGUCGUUUGGGGACGUGA